CCGCGUAGCAAAGGACUCAGCUGCGGGUUGCAAGAGAACAGUGUCAUGCCGCAAUGCGCCCAUGUGUUGGGAUUGACUGUUCGAGGUAGAGAUAGGCGCUCCUUGAAGCGCCGGUGCCUCAUAGGCCCCAUACGGAUUGUAGGUGACGGCGGCCGAAGGCAUCCCACUAGCCAGCGCGCUCGAGCUCCCUAGCUCUAAGGCAGUGCUCGAAUAAUAAGGGUACUCUUCACCUUGAGGUUGUUGGAACGUCAUGCUGCCGGGGUACGGACUGUGCAUCGGUGGCCGAUGUUCCGAGAGUGGACUUUCGGUUGCCAUCAAGGGGGACUCUGAAUGGUAUGAUGCAGAGCCGUUCUCAGAAGAGGGCGAUGAUCGUUCUGAUGUGAUGUCGGGCGCGGUAGGAUGGGUAGGGGAAUGCGCCGAUGUGAGCGCUGGGGGCGAGUCCGGAGUUGAGGGCUCGGGCUGGGAAUGGAGAGGAAUGCCCGAAUGCGCCACAUCAACCGUAGAGAAGACGGCUGGAGAAGGAUAUGCCAUCUCAAGUGCGGGAGGAGUGGUGGGAGGGGAGUCGGGUACAGGAGGGAUCCUCGGAAUCGGAAGAACGAUUGAGUAUUUGGAGCGCUUUUUGGCACCACCUGUUUCGUCACCCAAAGCGCGCGCUAAAGCAGAACGUGAUGCAGAACCUGAGCUUCUACGGGAACCCGGCGACAAAUGGAUACGAUAGUGCUGCUGGAGGUUGUCCUGUCUAGAGCAUCGUGUCUCGCAUCCAGGGAAAGGGCACUUGUGGUUACGCUCUCCGGUAUGGACGCGGGCGUGUCUAGACAAGUGUCCGCUGGUCGUGAAAGCCUUGUGACAAGUUGCACAUACGUGUUUCUUUUUCGAUGUGGAUGGUUCGGUUGUGUCACUGGAAGGUGAUUGCGAUUGAGGCGGUGAACUAGGAAGGACGGAGGAUUGGAAUUCGAUAUCAGAGCAAUAUGGGGAGCGAGAGUAUGCUUCUUCUGGGAUGCCUUGGAACGUCGCGCGAGAGAGAUUGUGAGAUGACUGUGGAUAAGGAGAAAUUACAUGAUCUUGCUUUGAGAGUUGUUGGCGAGGCAUGAAUUAGAGGCGUUGAGGAAGGAUAAGGCUGGAUAGGAAGGGAGUCAUAUAGAGAAGUAAUCCCGGCACACUAGGGAACCAGAAAGGAGGAAACGAAAGAAGAGAAAGGAAGAAUGAUGCGUU